GAAAAACAACGCGCAAAGCCCGAUUCGCACGGCCGAGAAUUCGCGAGUCCCCGGAUUACGCGAUCCUCGUAGACCCUGAGUCCGUCCUCGCUGACCUGGUGUACAUUUUCGGGACUUGGGGCGGGUUGUUCCAACUCCUUGCUGACGAAAAAUGAAGUUACUGUUGAUCGCGGCUUCGAUUCUCGUAGCCAUCGAGGCUAGAGCUUAUCAGAAUUGGGGGAAUUUCUUCAACAAUCCCGGCUUUGGGAAUGGAAGAGGAGGAAACAAUGGUCGUAAUCCGUUUUGGGCGGUUCCGCUGCAGCAGGACUAUCUGCAAAGUAUUGCAAUGGGUUCCGACGUGGAAUGGGUGUGCCGAAACUCGAAGACGAACGAUAUGAUGAUUAUCGCCACCAGCAACACACAACAAAGUCCUGCUAGAGAGCCAUGGCAAUGGCAGAAUAUUCCACCGGGUCACCAAAGACACAGGCAAGAUGGGUCUUAUUGGACUCGACCGAUUAUUAUUGUUCAAGACACUGCACGUGGUAACAAUGGAGAGAUCGAAGAUAACCAAACGCCAUUGCCCAACACAUCUCCGGGAACAAAUAAUAAUAAUAACAAUAAUCAACCCACGACAACGAUGACGACGACACCGCAAUACCACGGUGGCGAAGGACAAAUCGAUAUCAGAUUCGGAAAAGACAGCUCUUAAAGAGUGUGUGGAGGAAAUCUAUACAAACGUGCGAAAGAAAAACAUUUACAUAAAUAUAAAAUGUAAUAAAGAUAAAUAUUUACAUAAACUGUAAUAAAAAUGACAAUACCUACGUAGUUACGUACGUACAUUGAAUAAUCUA